AUGUCCGGUGAGUCGGCGCAGGAAAGAGGUACCCCGAAUGUCCGAGAACGUCCAAUAUGGAAGACAGCGCUAAUGUAUGGCUUACUGUCUGCCACUAUUAUGUUUGUAUUCGGAAGCAAGAAUGUGGACACUAGUGCGGGCAGAAAAUCGUCGCCUACAUCAGGUCGUGCAGCUAUGACGAAGGAAAAUGUGGAAUAUGCCCCGUUUGCUCAGAAAGAUGACUCAUACACCAUCGUCAUUAGUUCUGGUGAUGAUGACACUUUUCCAGAGGAUACCUUUUCAGACCUGAUUCUUGGGGACGAUGUCCGAGAGAUAUCACGACGUUACCAUGUUGAUUUGCGUAGAAUUGUUGAUGAAAAUCGAAGUGUUGUUCUUAGUAUUAAAAUGCGGAUUAAGGAAAAGGAGUAUGUUCAAGAGUUUCCUUUGGUGCGUUUUUUACCUUCCCGGCGUGCAAGACGGCAAAGACAUCUUCUUACUAAGGGAAACGCAGGUGAAACUUUGACCAAUAGUACUGACACACAGUCUAUUUCCGUGUGGAAAGCGUACUUUCAACCGACCUUGACGCUGAGCCCCAUUAUAGAUUUCUCUACUCCGCUUCCUCCGCCGAUGAGGCCCUUCUACUUUUUGGACAACCAAACGAAGAAGUACCUUCCGUUACUCUACAUUAACAAUUUUUGGGUCUUACGAGACCAUUUGAUUGAGUUAAAUGCAACAACAGUUGCAAAACCAUUGAACUUUACAAUUACGGUGUCUCCUUGUCCAUUGUGGAAGUUCGCACUGUAUGUUAACUUUGAGCAAUCGAUGAAUCAGCAAAUGGAGAUGGGAUUAACAAAAGAAGGAGAUUCUGAUGAAACCAAGCGGAUAUUCCUAGAAACUAAUCCUUAUUUCUUGGGUUUGACAUGCGUUGUAACAGUUUUGCAUAUGCUGUUCGAGUAUUUGGCUUUCUCUAACGACGUGAAGUUCUGGCGCCAUCGAAAAGACUUUAAAGGCCUCUCACUUCGGACGAUUGUCAUGAACUGUUACUUCCAAACUGUGGUUUUUCUCUACCUUUGGGACGGUGAUGAAACGUCGUGGACUAUCCUGCUGCCAAAUGCCUUUGGUGUAAUCUUAGAGUACUGGAAGCUGGCGCAGACAGCUCAAGUUGUACGGAACGAGAAUGGGUGGUUGCAAGUGAAGUUCAAUAAGGGGUAUGACAAGCGUACACGUAAGCACGAUGACGUCGCUGUUCGGUAUCUCAUGUACGUCAUGACACCUAUUCUCUUGUGCUAUACCGCGUACUCAGCCAUCUUUGACACUCACAAAGGGUGGUAUUCUUUUAUAAUUAGCACGCAGGUGCGGUUUAUCUACAUGUUUGGAUUCGCUAUGUUGACGCCGCAGAUUUUUAUCAACUACAAGAUGAAGACGGUCACACAGCUUCCAUGGCGCACAUUUGUCUACCGUGCCCUUAACACUGUUAUAGAUGAUCUCUUUGCUUUUAUUAUAAAGAUGCCUUGGUUACACCGACUUGCUUGCUUCCGUGACGAUGUCGUCUUUCUCAUCUUGCUGUAUCAGCGCUGGAUUUAUCCUGUUGACGUAAAGCGAAAAGAAGGGAUUCACGAUGAAGAUGACGAGGAAGAGGAAGAAGAAGAGGAAGGGGAUGAAACAAAGGGUGAGGAUAAGGAGGUGAGCCUGAAGGAAGACAAAAACGCAGAUGAGCCAGGGAACGAUGGCGAGGGGCCACUGCAACGAUGCGCUGAGACCAAGAAGAAACAAUAG